CAGUCAGUAGUGGUAAUAAAAAAAUUAAAAACUCCUCCUUUGUCUUUUGAGACCAGUGAAAAAGACUUCUCCUUUUGCUCUCUCCUGUCCCGUCGAUCUCCGUCUUCCCCAUCCCCAAUCCCUCACGCGCGUCCGCCUCGCCGGGAAGAUGGCCGCGUCCGGGUCCGGGUCCGUCUCCGGGCAGAUCCAGCCGCUCAAGAUCCCGGACGCCGUCGUCGCGCUCGCGCAGGCCGCCUCCAAGGCCAACAACAGCAGCAACAGCGCCGCCGCCGACGCCACCGACAAAUAUCUCCCCGGGUGGCCGCUCUUCUCGCCGCCCAAGAUGCAGCUGACCAAGUGCGCCAAGUGCCCCCGGGAGUUCUGCUCCUCCGUCGCCCUCCGCCGCCACACCCGCGUCCACCGCCGCGCCCUCAAGAUCGACAAGGAUUUCCCCAAGAACAGAGACCACCUUGCUGCAUUCUGGGACAAGCUCACGGUGGACCAGGCCCAAGCGAUACUGUCCUUGGAGGGCGUGGCUAUAGAGGAGACCAGCGCUUUGUUCAUUUUGACAUCGUUGUCGUCGUGGAUGUGUAAGCCAGGGUACGCUUCGUUGCCGCUGCCAUAUGCCAGAGCCGGCAAUGAACUCCUGGACCUUAUUCAGACCGCAGCCUCAAGACUACCCAUCUCAUCAAAUGAACUGUUUAUCAUGCUCGACGAAGCAAGCGAGAACACAUUUCUUUGUACCAACGCAGCCGAUGCUGCCUGUGUUCAGAAGUUUUUGUUUGACGGGGAGGUUGACAAAGUCGCAACGGAGUUGAAAAACGUUGUUGCGUGCACUAGUUACAUCCUUGAACAGAAGCUGGUCGAAGCAUGGUCCGCUGAUAAGGCUGCUGAAGCGUUAAGAUGCCAGAAGUUGCUUGUUGAGGAAGAGGACGCUGCUCAGAAAAGGCAAGCUGAAAUCAUAGAAAGGAAGCGGAUGAAGAAACUGAGACAGAAAGAACAGAGACUGAAAGACCUCAAGGACGAGGGUACCACGGUCCAGUUACCUGAAGCGGUGGAUGGUGCGACGAGCUCUCCUGGGAUUCAGAGUCUCGAGGCUACUUCAGGCCCUGGCCUCCACGAGCAAGAAGAUUCACAGUAUCUUCAAUUGUCAGCACCAGUGCCUUCAGAGGACAAUGAUUACAAUGGAGAAGAUGCCAAUUGUGGUUCGGGACAAGAAAUGGAUACUGGUGCCGUUUUCAGGGAACAAGCCAUGGCAACAAGCAAUCUCGACAGGAUAGAAAACCUUCCCCCAAAUAGUACUGUCUCGGGUUCUUCUGCGACUGCGUCGAAGCAUCCAUCUUCAUCUUCAGUAAGGCACUCACGUCACAGGGAGCCAAAUGCCGGUGCAGCGACAAACAAAAGCAAGACCUGGGCAUGGAAGGUGCGAACUGGUGUUGAAGAACGGUGCCCAAAAGGCGAGCCAGAUGUAGAUGCUAACCAAGAGACGGCUCCUCUCAACACGGACAAGAACUUGCAAGUGCUGAUAGGAUCCAUAAGCGUUGCGAUCGAAGGCGGUGGCAGCUGCUCGGAGGAUUCCAAGGAUUACCACCCAGCUCCUCCUGAAUCUGAUUUGAACACUCUGAACGAUCCAGUGGCCGAGGCGAUGCAGCCAAUCAGCCAUGAUGAGAACGGAUGCGAAGACGCUAACGCAGCAGAGGAUCACUCUCCCUCUAGUGUCGUGACAGAUGAAAGCGGCUGCGACGCAGAGGCGGCAGAGGGCGGAAGCCUACGACGCGGCUCCGUUUCUUCCGGUCAGGAAGCGGCGGCCUUCCUUUCUCAAAGAUGGAAGGAAGUCAUGGCUGGGGAUCAUGUGAAGCUUGUUCUGUGCUGAGGAAAUUGACUGGAGUUGCAGAGGUUCCAUCGGAGGACUGAUUUGAUGAAUACACGGAAGGCAUUCGAUCAUUGGGUCCUGCUUACUAUAUGAGCUGAGCCGAGCCGACCCAUGUAGCAGAGCAUUAUGGAGUUGCGAAGCAUCCAUUCCUCGACUCUGGGCGGUUAAUUUGAGUACUAGACUUGGUUGGUUGAUUUUUAGAUGGUAACGGAGCACGCUCUCUGCUGGCUGGCCAGUAAAAUGCCUAUGCCUGCACGGCGCAGUUAAAUUUGAGUGCUAUACUAGUACUUGAUAGGCAACUAGCAGAAGUGUUGUGUGUUGUGUGGGCAGAGUUAUCAUGCAUGAUAAACUGAGAGGGAAAGUAAUCAGGUGAUGAGAAGAUUGGUCAGUAGAAUUUCUUCCUUCUACUCUUUAGCCCAAUCAAGAUAUACAUCAUGCACUACUACUACUACUACUACUACAGCUUUUUUCACCUGA